GGGGCGGGGCGGCGGGGGGCGGCCGGCCCCGAUGUGCGGGCGGCUGCGGCCCCGCUCCGCCCCGGCUCGGCCCCACGCGUGGGCGCUGCGCGGCGCUGAGCUGCGGGAGCCGGAGCCCGAGCAAGAGGAGGAGGAGGAGGAAGGUGGUCGCCGCUGCUCCUCCGCCGGCCCGGCAUGAGCGCGGCUUUUCAGCCCUCGCUGAUGAUGAUGCAGCGCCCGCUGGGAAGCAGCACGGCCUUCAGCAUCGAUUCGCUCAUCGGCAGCCCCCCGCCGCCCGCCCCCGGCCACUUCGUCUACACCGGCUACCCCAUGUUUAUGCCGUACCGGCCCGUCGUGCUGCCCCCCCCGCCUCCCGCGCUGCCUCAGGCCACCCUGCAGCCGCCGCUGCCCCCCGCGCCGCCCCCGCCACUGCCCGCGUUGCCCGGAGCCUUCUGCCCUGGGCUGGCUCAGGGUAUGGCUCUCACCUCCACGCUGAUGGCCGCGCUGCCCGGCUCCUUCCCCGCCUCCCCUCCGCGCCCCGAGGCCGCCAGGAAGUUCGCCCCCCCGGGGAACUUCGACAAGGCCGAGGGACUGCCCACCCCGGACGGCGGCGGCGGCGGAGGAGAAGACGGCAAAACCGGGGGGGGGCUGCUGCCUUUCCCCGCUGCCGACGCCGUGCACGCAUCGCUGGCCGGGGCCCUCCGCGGCGGCCCCAAAGACGAUCCCAAAGCGGAGGAGGAGGCGAAGGGCCGCGAGGAGAACUUCUCCAUGGACAGCGACCUCGAUUACAGCUCCGACGAGAACGGCCCCGCGCCGGCGGCCCCGCGGGAGGAGGACUGUGGCACCGCGUUGGAGGAGAAUCCCCCCAGCGCCGCCAACGCCGCCGCCAACGCCGCGGCCACGGGGAAGAGCCGGCGGCGGCGCACGGCCUUUACGAGCGAGCAGCUGCUGGAGCUGGAGAAGGAGUUCCACUGCAAGAAGUACCUGUCGCUGACGGAGCGCUCGCAGAUCGCGCACGCCCUGAAGCUGAGCGAGGUGCAGGUGAAGAUCUGGUUCCAGAACCGACGAGCCAAAUGGAAGCGGGUGAAAGCGGGCAACGCCAGCUCCAAGGCUGGGGAACCAUCUCGGAACCCCAAGAUCGUGGUCCCCAUCCCUGUGCACGUCAGCCGCUUCGCCAUCAGGAGUCAGCACCAGCAGCUGGAGCAGGCGCGGCCCUGAGCGCCGCUGGGGGGGCACAAAGUUGACAAACGGGGUUUUCGCCGGACCCGCUCUGAAAAGCGAAACGAACGACAGAAACCAACCCCCAAAAAGAACACAAAACAACCUAAACAAACACCUCCCUGCCCCCCCUCUUCCCCCUCUUCCCCCGCUAAAUCAAUCUAGAAGAGACGCGACCCCACCAGCGACCCACGAGCGAUACGGCAGAGCCCCACGCCGGCAGCGAGCGGCAGAACUGAAGGCUGAACGCCGCACGGAGCGGGGCUGGGAGCCGGCACCGCAACGCCCCGCACCGCCCCGGGGUAACGGCGCCGGGAUGAGCCGUCGGUGCGGGGCCGCCCCUCGCAGAGCCGCGAUGAGAGGAGAGAGAGAGGGAAGUGGGGGGGGGUGGGUGGGGAGGAGGACGGACGGACGGACAGACGGACACCGAGGAAAGCACGAAUUCAGCGUUGUGGUUUAAUUUAUUUCGAUGUAGCCCGUUUCCUUCUAAGUUAUGAAAUUUAAGGAGCCAACUCCCGUCUUGUGAAUAAAAGCCGACAAUGAAACAAAAAGGCGCACACACACACACACACACACACACUAAAUACCCGCAUCCCCCCUCCGUUCCCCCCUAUUACCCUUCGCCCCGGCUUGGGCGCUGCUUUCUUUUCUGGUUCUCCCGGAGCGCCGCGCGGAGCCGCAUCCCCCCCAACCUCCUUAUGGGGUUCGUUGCGACCCCCGGGGGGGUUAUAUCCCCUAUUCGGAGGCGAGGGGGAUUGGGAGGGGGAGCGCGGAUUUGCCGGAGGAAGAAAAAAAAAAGCGAGAAAACGGGGGAAAAAUGGACAAAAAUUAAUACUAAAGCCGGGGGAGAGGAGGAGAAACGGGGUUCUGCGGCAGCAUCGUGUACUUCGUUUUAUUUGGUUGGUUUGGUUGUAUUUUGGGUUUGGGGUUGUUAUUUUUUUCCCCUAUUUUUUUUUUUUCACGCGUUUUUAACGCCCACCGUUAUCCGGGACGGUCGCAGCUUUUCGCUCCUUUCGUUUCGUUUUGGGACCGUUCCUGCGCGGGGCUGGGACACGCGUGAAUCCCCCCGCGUGGGUCCCCUCCGCUCUUCAUUUCAUUUCUUUCCGUACGGUCGUUGUUACCGAGAACGGACGGAAAGGAACCGCGACCCCCCCCCGGGUGAGGGAGCGCUUUGGGCAGCGGCCGCGGAGGGCGGUGGGGGGCUGGGGGGGUCCCCUCGCACGGGAAGCGGGGCUGGGGGCGGAGGGGCAGCCCCGGGCCGGGCCGGGGGAGGUAGGAGAUAAACAACGCGGGGCUGAUGGCUGUCAUCAUCGCCAUCAUCGCGGUUUCAUUUGGCUGCCUAAUGAGUCAGAGCGCGGGCAGAGAGAAAAAUUGUCAAUCGCCCGGGCUCUAAUGAAUUUUUUUGCAAAUUGUAAUCAAGCCAGGCCGUCUCAGCUCGCUGAUUAAUGAGACCCAGGAGGCCCGGCCAGCACCUCGGCUUUUUAUUCCAUCCCGUCCUCCCCGCACUAAAUUAACAGCAACUUGUCUGAGCUUCAAAUUAACUCCCAAUGAUUAAUUCUGAUGGGGGGGUCUGAAGAAUAGCUCGUCCUAAUAGGCGCUGGCCUCUGAUGCUGUUUGAAAUUAAUACACUUCCCCUUUGGCUGCCGGCUUUAAUCCAAGGUUGGGCUUUGACAUCACUCUAUUUGUUGUUCCAAUAAAUUCCUCUCGCAUCUGCAGAUCAAAUAAUUGAGCCGUGCGGGGAGAGCUGCCCCACGGCCCCGAUACAGAGGGAAGGAGAGCAGCCACCCCGGGAGAGGGGCUGUGGGAUCCCCCCCUCUAUGUGCAAUGUUAUAGAUUGUAUGUCGUAUUUGUGCUGCGUCCAUCAGCAGGAAGAUGCCCUCUCUGCUGCUCUCCCUUAAUGAAGCCGUCACUGCUUUUCACUGCUACCCACCCCACACACCCCCCCCCCAGAUCAGGAGGGGGUCCCCAACCCUUCGGGGGUGCCCGGCUGCCUCCCCUCUUGUUUCCCUUUGCAUGGACCUAAUUGGCGUCAUUAUUUCAGCUGGGGCCGCCGGGGCUCUGUGCCUUCUGCCUGCCGACUUCAGCCUGAGUGUGCAGGAUGGGGAGUGGGGGCUGUCCAGCCUGCAGGAGCCCCCGGGUGCCCACAUGGGGCUGCAGAAGCUGGUGAGGGCAUCAAAACUGAGCAACCCCCCCCCCAUCCCCAAGAGAUACGCAUUGAACCCUAUGGGGGAUCCCGCUGUGGGGUCAGCUCCCAUUCAUGGGGCUCAGUCCCAUCCUCACCCACAUCCCUUUCGGGCUGGCAAGCAGCAGUGGAUGCAAAGCACUCCGUCGCCUUCGUAAAGCAGCAGGCACCCCAACGUGCAAAAGCAACACUGUGAGCAGGAAGACAACCUGUAUGAAUUAUAAAUUGCUUCUUAAAGCCCGAUUGCGGCUCCAAAACACUCAGAACUGUGUGUGGAUGGGAUGCAGCAGCUCGGAGAUGAGGAAAUCCUGCCGGGUCCAGGACAAAUUCCCCCCUAGAGGCUGGGGUCCUGCAGCCGAGCCCCAAUGUCCCCUUCUGCCCCCCCGGCUGCCCCUCGCUUGCUCUUUUCUCCCUCCCGCUACGCCCGGCCCAUAGAGAGCCUUAAUCUAUUUAUUUCGAGCCACUUCAUCCUCUCUCCAGCUUUUGUCCCGGCCUCAGCCUCCGGCUUUGUGGCAGGGCCGCUGAGGUUCUCAAAGCCCCUUCCCCUAUAGUUUGAGGUCUCCUUGCCUGCCUGAAUUACAAUGGAUAAAACAGGAUUACACUGACCCGAUCCCAUCGUGCCCUCCCUCCGGCUCAGCAAAGCCGCUCACAGAACUUUCCUCUGGCUCUGAGCAGCCCCGGUCGGGCUCAGGCGUUCCUAAAGGACAGAGGGAUAGUUUGUAAUGCUCCCAUCCCAUCAGUUAACAGAGCGAAAGAAGAACUCGGGGCUUGGGCUCUUCUGAGCGAUGCUGCGGCUGUGGUCUGAUAGUGCCUAUCAGGAUACUGCCACCCCGAAUAAAAGGGCUGAUUUUAAGGCACGCAGCUGCAUUCCUUUCUUUUUCCCAUCGAUGUUGAGCUCCGAAGCCCACAACUGCUCUUUCUCCCCCUCCCCAAUUAUUUUCAUAUUUCAACAUCUCCAAAGCGGCAAUAAGUUCCCGCGAAAGAAGGGUAAUAGGGAGGCUCUCUAAGAGAAAUUGUUAAUUUGGGAUUUAUAAAGGACUUUCCUUAAUGAAUAAUAGUUGAGAUCGAUCUGUCUUCCUGCCUCAUUCUGCAAAGUAACAUUUGUAAAGCGAGCUGAUCCCAAUUACUCCCUCUAAUAACCGUCUCUGUUCGGUGAGCGGUCUCUGAGGGAUCGUGCAGAAAAGCCCCUCUCCCACGGUGCUGCCUUUUUUGGGGUCCCCCAACCCUAUGUUCCCCUUCUCCCUGUAUGGCACAGCUCUCAGACCCCUCAGGAGGGAUGCUCGGUCCUGGGGCUGCACUCCUCUGUGUGGCUGCAGGGAGAGAUGCUGCAGCCAAGUGUGUGUUUGGUUACGCUAAGAACCUUCUCCGGCCGCUUUGCCAUUUCUUCUCUUUCAUCUCACCCCAUACUUGCAAAAUAAAUACCCCCUUUGUAAUGCCUUCGUGUGGCCAGAGGGAGCUGAGAAGGGGAUGCUCCGGGUGCUGGAGAUGGGGAAAAUCCCAUCAUAUUUGCUCACCUGGCAUGAACCUCAGCGCAGCAGCCAAUAAAUAAAUUGGAACCAUCUCCAGACCUGAUUAGCUUGCUAAUUAAGCUCCGUUACAGGGAAAUCUGCAGUCCAUCAGCCUGCCCGUUACCAGGUAGAUGUGCAGAGCAAUAGACGAGCUGCAGAGGAAGGGCUGCACCAAAACCUGCUUUCACAGUGCCCAGAGGAGCUCACCCAGAUGGGGCAGCUGACAGCCUCUGUGUCCCCAGGGCCACCCUUGCUUGUGCCAGGGGCACAGGUUGGAUAUCAGGAACAAUUUCUUCUCACAAACCUCAGGAGGAGCGGUGCUGCAGUGGCACAGCUGCACAGGGAGUGCUGGGGUCACCAUCCCUGGAGGUGUUCAGCAGCCAUGGGGACGUGGCACUGCGGGAUGUGGGCAGUGGGUACACUCCUCUGAUCCCUUUGGCUCUCCUCAUCCUCUCUUUGGCCAACACAAGGAGACUCCCUGGCUUAAAAACAAACAGAUCCAGAAAUGGUGGAGCGCUGAUUGGUCAGGGCAGUAUGCAAAUAAAUAAGUGCUAAUUGCUGGCAGCAGCGUUGCAUGUCAAGUGCAGUUAUUGUGACCACAUUUAUUGGCCAAUUAAGGGCUUUACUGGACAUUAGGCGAGAUAAAUUACUGCCUGGUGGGUUUUCCAGUCCUAUCACUGAUACAAAGUGGUUUGUGGUUUUCCUACGGCACGUUCGGUGGUUUCCCCAGCAGUAAUUGCAUUUCCCUCAGCCGCUGUGCAGUCCCUUCCUGGUAACUCAUGCAAGCUGUGCACUGUAAAGCCAUGUUCAGCUGCCCAGAGAGCUGUGCGUUCCUCCUCCCAUCCCUGGAGGUGCCCAAGGCCAUGGAGAGAAGCACCUCAUGGUGAGGAUCUCUGAUCAAUUCGAGUCUCCUCUUCCUGAUUUUAUGUGACUACAAGGGCUGCUCUGAAAGUAAUACCUCCUGUUUUAUCAUGUCGGCCCACAGUGUCAGAGGUAGAUGCUGGUGGUACAGCAGUAGAGGCUGAACCUUCCCACUGUAUCCCAUCAUGUUUUAUUACUGUGUGACAGACGACAGCAGAGGGGCAGGCUGACAGAAUGGCGUCUGACAUGGAAGUGCACAGGAAGCAAAGGUGUGCCACUGAAUUCCUCCGUGCAGAACAAAUGGCACCCACUGACCGCCAACGCUUGGUGAAUGUUGAUGGAGACCACACAGUGGAUGUUACCUAUAACACGGUGAGGCGGUGGGUGGUGCGUGGCCAAAAGUGAGUGAGAAACAGCACAACAGACAAGAGCACGGUUUUAAACGAGAGCUAACAGCAUGCAGUACCUCCAGUAUAGGAGUCUUCAGGCUCCAAAGCAGGUUUCUUGAGCAAUUGCUCCCAGGAUCCAUCAAAGCAAAGCCUUUGUAGGUAUGGGUGGAAACACACAGCAAGGCCUUACGGCAGUCUGGUCCCCACAGUAAUUACUGCUUUGUUCUUUAAAAAAUAAAAGAGAGAAAGAAAAGGAAAAAGAAAAGAAAAAAAGGUGGGGGUCCCCCUGCUCCUAUUAUUGGAGGCAAUAGUUUUCCUUCACAAUCUCUUUCCGACCUCUGUUGCCUUCUAGUAGAAUAUUUCCUUUUCUUCCCAGGCAUCUGUGAGUGCCACCAGCUGAGAGUGUUCCAGGGGUGCGUGGGGGUGGGUUUGGGGUAGGUGAAAAAUGAAAUGAAAGAACUGUAAUGCUGCUCAGCAUCCCCCCACCCCCCCAGAGCCUGCAUCUCCCAUGGGCAGCUGGGUCCCAGGAGGUGGUUAGUGGGAGCAGGCAGCCAUGCCCAUCACCAAAUCAAACACUGCACCCCCCCUUACAAGGACUGGCUGAGCAAAGCGGUUCCACACAGCUUUACACAGUGAGGAAUCCAAAACGAGCGCUCGCUUUCCAAGUCCCCAUUGCUGAUUAAGAAAGGUAGAGCACAAAGCACCCACCUCCUGCUUGGGUGAUGGUUUGACACACGAUGGGGUUAAACAUGGUGGAAAACCUUGCAAGAACAAAGCGGUGCAGUUGCUGUGUGACAGAACAGUGAUAUAGACCCAAAAUACACACACACACACACAAAAAAGGGGGGGAAAAAGACAACAAAAAAACCCACCAGCCGUCCUGCUGUUUUUCAUCGCACACUGGAGCGCUGAGAAUUUAAGAGCAGGAGAGGAAAGAGGAAAACUCACCAAACCCCAAUUGGGCUCCAUGUGUUGGUGAUUGGAGCAGGAAAAGACCAUAGAAUCAUAGAAUCCAUUCACCUGCCCAACCCCAACCCACCCCACCAUGCCCACAUCCCUCAGUGCCACAUCCCCACUGUUAUGCAACACCUCCAGGGAUGGUGAUCCCAGCACUCUAUGGGCCGCUGUCCCACUGCAUCACUGCUCCUCCUAAUAUCCAACCUGAAAUGUUCCAACCCCACCUGCUCCUCGCCACGGUUUAUUCCACAGCUGCCACUUCCCUCUUCUUCACGUCUCAUCUAGAAGGAAUUUCCCUGCUCUUUCAGAACACCCCUGACUUCUUCAUGGCACCCUCACAGAUCUUCAACUCUUCUGCUUUUCUUCACCCCUUUUAUCCCAAAACAGUGAGUGUUACCUGCUAUUCCCUCUGUCCCACAGCAGCUCUGGUCACAGCCUUUUUGCACAGGGGCUGCUGCCAUGCACCCCUUGGGGCCUGCUGAGAUUCCCUGCAUCUUCUCACACCAUACAUGGGCAAAGACCUUUGCAACUGUAAAUAUAAGUCAACCUGCUGCCCUUGGCUCGACGCUCACGAAAUCCUAACAGAGAGCCGUGAUUUUUCCUUCAAAGAAGUGAUUCGACCAUACCUUACCACGACCUUAAAGAUGUUUUAUUAUUCUUAUUUUAAAUGAUCAUUUCAACCAAUUUAGCGGAUACAGAUGUAACCGUUACCAGCCUAAUUCCUUGGAUCUCCUCCAGAGGCUCUUAAAGCCGAGAGGUGCAACGUUUACUGCUCUCCCCUCCUCUGGGAGAAGGGCUGUUUUUUAAUGAAAGCCGGAGUCUUUUUGCUGGUAGAUCUGUCACUUAGUUCAUAAGCGCUUUCACAACUCUUAGAUAUACACACCAUUACAGUCCGGUGACUUAUUGCUUUUUAAUUUAUCAAUUUGCACCAUUCCCAGCUCUUCUGCCAUCCCAGCUCUUGGAUCAUACUUCAUCUUUAUUGCUGGCGAGGAGUGACAGGAUCUCAUCAUUAAUACUGGUGGAGCCGGGUUGGGGCAGGUGUCCCUCAAUAACACCGCAAAGAACAGAGCUGUGAUGAACAAGUUUUCUUGUCUUUAUUAGAAAGAGACUAUACAGUAUAGCAGCCUCCCUCUGCGGUACUUUACAACUUUAUUUCUCCCCCCUCCCCCCCUUUUUUAAUUGCUUUUGUUUUUAACCCGGAAUGCUGUACAGCUGACACCAAAAUCUCAACGCGAAGAGAGAGGAAAGGGAAACAUAAUACAAACCGGCAUAGGUAAUCAAAACAAAACCAUGUGAGACAACAAGCAAAGUGAAAUGUUUACCAAUUGUUUUAAUUACAGUACAAACAAUAUAUAAAUAAAGCAUCACGUCGUUGUAAAACAAACUUGCUGAAUGAGGUAAUAUAAAAAAAAAAAAAACCAACAAAAGACGUAUCUUUUAAUAAUUCCCACACUGGCUCGUCAUCAUUUAUACAUUACUAUUUACAGAAACAGAAAACCAACCCAAACAAACCUUGCUCUAAAGCCUGCCUUGUGCUAGGGAGCUCUGCCUCUACCCCAAACACAGUUCUCAGGUGACCCUACUCACCUGGGUGCCCUUCCUCCCUGUCCUAACCAGAAACACAAGCAUCACAAAGCAAAAAGGACGCAACGACACGGGGCUGAGCACCCCUGAACACCAAGUCCAGCCUUUGCAUCAGUCAUGGGUGUAGGGGGACACAGGGAGAAAUGGGGUGCAUGUCCUGGUGGUGAUGGCUGACAUGGAGGUGCCUGUGGGGCUGACACCCAACCACGACCUUUGUGCACCUGAGCCCAGUUCUGCCUCUCCCAACCAGCCCUGGAUUUAGUAACGCCCGUAGGGAUGUGCUGAUCCCCAGCCCAACCUGCCCACCAGUAUGGUCACAAUGAGCAUCACUGAAAGGAAGAGCAGAGAUGCUGUGAGCACACCUGUAGAGGCUUCCCUGCACUGUCAGUACACACGAGGCCUUAGUACAUGUUGGCUGAUGGUUAUGGCUCCCUCAAAGCACCGUGUUAGAGUUAAUGGCCACAGACACCUGGGUAAGGACGAGGAGGUGCCCUGCUCCUCACCAACAUCUCACCACGUCUCCCUCCCUGGUAACACUGUAGGUGCAGGAAGGACCCAAAGCACCAUUGGAUUGGCUGCAGGAGGGCAGACCCUGGGACCAUGCUUAAAUCCAGCCACAAAUUCCAGCAGGUUUAUAACAACGAUCCCUAUCUUCUUCCCUAUCCUCUGGGAAGGAAGUAAUCUGUCCUUAUCCUCAUCCACGUCUCCUCCCCCAGUGCCCACAGGCUGCUGGGCUGCAGUUCCCAUCCCAAGCAUCCAGCUCAGUCCCAGUUUCAGAAUUCGACUGUUGCCAUCUGAAUGAGCUGAAUAUUUGCUCUGAGCCAGGUAUCUUUGUGAACCCUGAGCUCUCCAGAGCCAGCUCCCUCACCUCCCUGCCCUGUGUGGUACUGUGCAGCCCUCCUGUACUCCUGGAAAUAGCUGGCCUGAGCCAAACUGGGAAACGUGCCCAUUUAUCAAUCUGAAAACCUGGCUCCAGCUUUGGGCUGUGACUGAUGUGUAAAUGAGUGCGUGGACACUCAGAGAUUGGCUGAUAGAGGUAUGUUGAGCACGUAUGUGUACACACACACACAAAAAUGCAAAGCACUUUCAAUUAAUCUGGUUAGUGACAUCCAUGCAAUACACUGCUUCACCUUAGGACUUUACUGUGCUUGAUGACCAACUCAGCUCAACCACUGAGAUUCUAGAUGUGGCAUCUACCUGCCAAACUGCACCUAGAGCCUUCCUCAGUCCUUCCUGGGCUUGGGGCUUGCCUCUACCUGGCAAUUAGAGACCAGGGAAGAGCUUUCAGCUUCCUACGAGGCACUGGGGCUGCUCUGAGGUUCCCACUCAGUUGCCCUCACAGUAUUUAGCUACCCUAACAACAGGCAGAGGGAGGUGGGAGGGACAGAAGGAUGAGUCCUCAGAAGCAAAACACACUGAUCAGUUCUGUAGAAUGUGGCAUACACAAAAGAGCGGAUGGUGCAUUCACUGCCAGCAAGCAACACGGUCAUCCCAAAGGCAUGCCAUUAGACCUUGAUAAGCCCCCCCACCCCCCUUCACACUUUGUACAUAACACACAGGUAAACAUUACUAGCUCCGAAGCAUCGCAAAAUAGGGAACUCUUAGGACUGGAAGCAAAUACACGCCCAAAAGUCCAUGGCCAAGAGAAAGCUGAAGCACUGCACAUCAGCAGGACUGACCGCUACCGCCCGAAUAUGCUACAGGGCUUGGAGAGAGGUGAAAUGCAUGAAGACAAAAAGACUUUUCCUCCAUCUGCUCCCAAGAAAUGUUCCCCAAGCACUCAGGGAACAAAAGUAAACUGUGGGAGUUUAUUCAGCCACGCCUGAAAUGAAACACAAGGGCCAAAAUCACCAAAAGCGUGAGUAGUGGUUUGGGGCUGAGGGUGGCACUGAUGAAAAGCUGCCUUGUUUUCAGAGGUCAUGCAACCCUUCCCUCAAAAUGAGACCUAUGGACAGCUCUGAAAAUCUCAGCCAAAACCCCCUGUUUACAAUGUGAGACAUAUUCAGCCAACUCAAGGGAACCGUUGUGAGAUGCAAUCACCAAAUAUUCACCUUAAAAACUGGCCCAUGACAAAAAAACAAACAAAACCUAGAACAGAUCUACCUCCCCUACAGCUUCAGAUAGUCUGCUCUAUUGCAUACUUAUUCAAACAGGAAAUUUCUUUCUAAUAAAAUCAUUUAAACCAGUCUUAUUUUUUCAGUAACCUAGAAUAUAAGAAGUCAGACUUAUUUGCAGAACCUUUUAAUUUGUGGUAGCGAGUGGCUAUUUAGUUUUUUCUUAGCUAUAAACACAAGAAUAGCCAAAAAUGUCCUACCUGAAAUCUUACCCAUGAAUUGGCUGAAAUGGAAGAUGUUCAACAGAGGACCCAAGGCUGACAGACAGAGAUCCCAUGCGCUAACAGCUGUAGCAAGGGGAAACAAAGAGUCCUGAUGAUGAAAGUCCUUAUGCAUCCAGACCGAGUGCCCCACGUUUGGUCCCCAGCACUCUCCUUCUUCCCCUUAGGUUCCUCCAAGUACAACCAACACCCGUUCCCUGUUAAGGUGCAAACACGGCUCCCCGAGACAUUUGUGAAGGGCCCUAAGGAACCCUCUGUGAAAUCUGUGCUUGUCUCCACUAUUACUACUUUACACUAGAAACUACAAAUUACUUCAUUUUUUUUUCCCCCUCCCGAUCUCCAUACAAAUAUAAAAGAUGAAGCUAUCUGAAAACCAUAUCAUCUAAUUAUACUACAUUACAGUGCUGGAGAUCACUGCUAAGAAUGCAUCUGCACUCACACCUCUAUUCCCUUCUUUACAUUACACAGCUUCCUCUUGCCAGGGGAAAUCUCCAAGUGCAGCUAAAGCUCCAUGCACUAACACACAUAAUUUAAGGAAAUGGGGAAAGACAGCAGAGUAAACCAUAUUCAUGUUUACACGGUCAUUAUACACAACAUCCAAGUAGAAAUGCUUACAAACCCUCUCUCCUUUCAAAUAGCUUUUUUGGUCUUCCCAGCUUGGGAUAUACCAAGAUUCUCCAGAAACAGCUUUUCUUCUGCUCCCAUUUAGCAAUGAAACCAGAAACCUGGUAAUGGGAACCCUUGGCCAAAUCUCCGAACUGGCAAGACUCUAUAUUUUCCCAAGAAAAUAGUGAGGAAUAAGUAAAACUCUUCUGAACUCCUGGUAGGUGAAGGUUCAGUUGCCAGAUUCAAUGCGUUUGUCUCACCUCUGCUCCUCAACAGCCAUUAGCCCAACGUAAAUAGAAGAAAAAGUGCUGACGUUAUUAGCAAACACUUCCAUCUUGUGUUUUAGCCACGGUGGAUAAAGUGCAGAGGAAGUGGGAUUUAAAAGGAUCUGGGAUCACGAAAAGGGUUCAGUGGGGGCACUCAGUGAGAAACGCAGCCACAGUCUCAAUUCCCUCAGAUAACACCAACCGAUUUAGUCAAUGCACUAAUUCUUAUUGACCAGAUUUUGGCUUGUAAUUCGCUCACCAUGUUCUCAAAGGGCGUAAGCAGUCUGACAAGUGGGUUCCACAAAAGCAACAAGAGGGACUAAAGGCAAAACGAAGACCUGAAAAUGGACAGAAGACAGAACGCAACAGGGACAGAACAACUCCUGCAGGUUCUCAAAGCCUCUGUAUGUACCGCCUGUCUCUGCACCUGGAUGGCUUCAAGAACACCCUUUGCAAAGCAUAAAUGCAUCCGCCUGGAAAGAGCACGGAGUCCCAAAACCUCAGGGCACAAAGCCAAGGACUGCGAGGCUCAGCUGAUGGAGAUUUUCCCUGGGGAAGCCAAACACAGCCUAUGAGAGCACUGCUUUGACAUCACUGCUGCCAAUGCCGAUACGUCCAAGGAAAAGCUAUGUUUAGGUUAAAAGCAACUGUGUCACGGCUUAAUUAAAGCAUGAGGUUAUUAGUUGGCUAGGCUUGAUACUUCGUUUUUCCUAUAAUACAGUGGAAGUUCCUUUCCUAAAAGAAAGUUCUGUUUUCCAAGGUUCACCUGCAGAAUUCUUGUAAUGAAAGGAGCAUAUAAUUCUUCUACCUGAAGCCUGCACGGCAGCCUGGCUGCCCUUGUUUCUCACAUCUUACACUCAGAAGGUGGCCUAAAACAGAACGUUUCACCUAUGUAAGGAAAAUAUUUUCAAUUAGGGAAUAAAAAAUAAGCUCUGAAAUGGAAGAAGCACUGAGAACUUAACCGUGGCAAAUUUGCCUACAACGUAUCUGAAACAUUGGACUUGAUUUUCCAAGAGGAACAUGCUGGAUGUUCCCAGGGGAACAGCAGGCAGCCUGGGAACAUGUGCUGCACUUCUCCAGCUCACACCGUGCUCCCUGGAAUGGGUGGAAAGCUUGUGAGCACCAAGACACGGGGGCUUUCAGCAUCCCACUCAGCUGAGACUUCAGUGGGCCGUCCUAUCACCGAAGGACCACCCAUCAGUACCAGAGCUGUAUGGGAACAAUGGAGAAACAGCAAUUAUCUCUCAAAAGUAAAAUAAUAAUAAUAAUAAUAAAACCCUAGCGUGAACAGAAUGAGAUGUAGCACUAAUCUGAUGCAGCCAGCCUCGGCUAGAUGGAGAAAGACCCCCCUAUGGUCAGAGGUCAGUACAGUAUCAAAAUAUGACAAAACAACAGCACAGAACAAGGAAAGCCAGUCAGUAUUCUCAAACCUUCACCUCUGGGCUUUGCUUUUCCACCAUGAUUUUAUGAUUUUAUACCCAAUCUGUAAUUUUCUCUCACUCUCUCUUUUUUCCCUAAGAUACCCAGAGUAAUUUUUUCUCCUUCUCAGUUUUGGUGUCGACCUAUAUUUUGUUUAGCAAUUGCUAUCGUCCUCCCAUCCAUAUGUCAAUUGAAAUACCGAGCCCC